CCGGUAGCUAGCUGUUCACAAACCACGCACGACGCAGGGAGUUCCCUUGAACCGCAAAAAAACGCCCUCCGUCUCUGCCCCUCGCCUAUCUCUUCUGCUAUUCUUGCCGGUUGAUCUUCUCUGCAAUACUCCCGGGUUAUCUCCCGUGACGGAGAAAAGGAGCUCCGGGGCGGUGGCGGCGUCCGUGUUCCGUUGCUUCGCUGGCCUGUAACCUCAAUGGUCCAAAUCUGGACUGAAGACUUGACAUCCGGACCUGACAGGACAGGAUUGUGAGCCAUCACCAUGACGACCGAGAAGGUUUUGGCAGGCGAGAUAAAGGGCGCCAUGGAGGGUGAUUCCAGGAGAACCAAUCAGGAUGAUGUCACUAAGGUGUCAGAUGACAUGGAUGACAGCUCAGACAAGACGCCCAGCAAAUCCUCCAAGUCGCCUCAGAAGACAACCAGGAGACCCAAGACUGUGCCCGUCAGAGUGACCCUGCUGGACGGGUCAGAUUACGACUGUGGAAUGGAGAAGUUUGCCCGAGGCCAGGCCCUGCUUGACAUGGUGUGCGGCCAUCUGAACUUACUGGAGCGGGACUACUUUGGGCUCUCCUUCUACGACACAGACAACACCAAGAAUUGGCUGGACCCUUCCAAGGAGAUCAAGAAGCAGAUACGAAUAGGCUCGUGGCACUUUGGUUUUGCGGUCAAGUUUUACCCCCCCGACCCGUCCAUACUGAUAGAAGACAUCACCAGGUACUACCUGUGUCUGCAGCUGAGGGAUGAUAUCCUGUCGGGCCGGCUGCCCUGCUCCUUCGUCACCCAUGCCCUGCUGGGCUCCUACAGCGUGCAGGCCGAGCUGGGGGACUACGAGCCGGACGAGCACGGCCCCGACUACGUCAACGACUUCCGCUUUGCCCCCAAUCAGACCCGCGAGCUGGAGGAGAGGGUGAUGGAGCUGCAUCGCCAACACAGGGGCAUGAGCCCAGCUGAAGCGGAGGUGAACUUCCUGGAAAAUGCCAAGAAGCUGUCGAUGUACGGAGUGGACCUCCAUCAUGCCAAGGAUUCGGAGGGCAUCGACAUCAUGCUUGGCGUGAGCGCCAAUGGGCUGCUGGUGUACCGCGACCGCCUGCGGAUCAACCGCUUCGCAUGGCCCAAGAUCCUGAAGAUCUCCUACAAGAGGAGCAACUUCUACAUCAAGAUCCGACCAGGAGAGGUGGACCAGACAUAUGAACAGUUUGAGAGCACCAUUGGCUUCAAGCUACCCAACCACCGGGCUUCUAAACGCCUGUGGAAGGUCUGCAUAGAGCACCACACCUUCUUCAGGCUGGUGUCCCCUGAGCCUCCUCCCAAAGGCUUCCUGGUAAUUGGCUCCAAGUUCCGCUACAGUGGGCGGACCCAGGCCCAGACUCGCCAGGCCAGCGUGCUGAUCGAUCGGCCCGCCCCCCAGUUCGAACGCUCGGUCAGCAAGAGGCACCUGCUGCCUCGCAGCGUGGACGAAGCCUCCGCUCUGGGAGACAGCAUGGACCACCUGUCCCAGCGCAGCUCCAGUGAGCGCACACAGUUCCUGUCCCGAGAAGACCUGGACCAGGAGGGCAGCCUGGACCUGGAGCACGACCACUAUCACUACCAGGACCAGGACCAGGACCAAGACAACUACCAGGACCAGAAUGAAUACCAGGAUCAGGACCAGGAACAGGACCACGAUCAGGGUGAUCAGGCCUAUGGUGUUGCCAUGCCUUCUAAGACCAUGGAGAUGAAGGUACAGUACGAGAAUAGAGCGGCUGAGGAGGCAGGCUCGCCCCUAGACUCAAAGCCAGAGCAGUUCCUGGACAAGCCGGAGGACGUUCUCCAGAAGCACCAGGCUAGCAUCAACGAGCUGAAGAGGGCUCUGAGGGAGCCCAACAGCAAGCUGGCCCAGCGGGAGAAACGCCUGUCCUCUGCUACCCCUCCUGGAGGAACACCGGAGAGGAAACCGGAGACUCCUCCCACACCGGCCAUUCACGAGGAGCCUCUGGAUGAAGCUAUGAGGGAGCCGUGGGAGCGACGCCUGGGCUCCGUGUCGGAGGACGACCCCGACCACGAGACCCUGUACCUGAAGGAGACCCACCUGGGCAUCGAGCGCAAGUGCUCCAGCAUCACGGUCAGCUCCACGUCCAGCCUGGAGGCGGAGGUGGACUUCACCGUGCUGCUGGACCUGCACACAGGAAUGGAGGAGUUCUCCAAGGGCAUGACGGAGCUGGGCGGGAGAGACCCGUCCCCGGACGGCGGCCUCAGCCUGGGCAUCGACCUGCUGCAGGAGCCCUGCGAGCCCCCGCCCCCGCUGGUGGCGGUCCCCAUCCCGGCCCCCCGAAGCAGCCCCCCCAUGAAGAAGCUCCUCCCCGUGGAGGAGGUCAGGCACGAGGGCAAGCGGCCGGAGCCUGUAGUUCCCAGAAAACCAAAGAGGUCGGUGCCUGUCGACAGAGAGCCGUCGCUGAGAGACGGUGGUCACAUGACCCCGGGCCCAGCGCUGAGCCGGGAGGCCAGCGACGUCAUGGCGCCCCACGGGCCCAGGAAGACAGACGUCCGCACGGAGACGCAGCCCAACGGCUCCGAGGUCACCACCACCAUCGUGGAGUUCACCAACCAGGAUCAGUGUGUGACUGGAGUAGGAGAGGGCCCGUGCCUGACGAGAGAGAGUGUGUCCCCUGUGCACAUGGGUUCUUUGGGAAGAGAAGCUUCCGGAUCUCCCAUUCUGGUCGCUGAGAACGUUACCUCGGCAACCACACACGUUACCAAGACCGUGAAAGGGGGCUAUUCAGAGACCAGGAUUGAGAAGAGGAUUAUAAUCACAGGAGACGAUGAUGUUGAUCAAGAACAGGCCCUGGCUAUUGCCAUCCAGGAGGCCAAGCAACAGCAUCCUGACAUGCUGGUCACCAAGGCAGUGGUCGUCAGGGAAACGGAGUCCUCGACGGAGUCUCCGCGAGGCAUGUCAGAGUCAUGAUUCCCAGAGACAACAGCGCCCCCCUCAGGACCAGACAUGUCAGUGCUGGACCUGAGGCUAAAGUCCUACACACCUGACUACUGCCUGUUGAGCUCUGACAGAUACACACACACAUUCACAGACACACACACACUUCACACUAAUUCCAUCACACUGGAAAACUCAAAUAAGACAAUAUUGUUCCCGGAUGUAUCUAACCCAGAAGAAACAUGACUCAUUAAAAGGAAAAAAUCCCUUUAUUGGUUAAACUUUCCCUUGCUUUAUGCAUUAUCUGGCAGUGAGUGGGUUAAUCACAGACUGCCGUGGCUCGAUGGAAAUUUCAGUAAGAAUAUUAGAAGAAGGAGGAGAGGGGGGAUUAGAUACAAAAUAUAAUCUGAGCUAAAAGAAACGAAAAUAUUGUUUAACAUGUUA